ACUGCAGCGGCAAAGCAAAUCGAGGCAGGCAAGCGACGGGUCAGUCCCAUUUACCACCCGAACUAGCCCCCGCUUCUACCACCACCACCACCGUCGUCGCAUGGCGGCGGACGACGCAGCCGCCGCCGCCUUCGCCGUGCGGGAGGCCGAGAUCGAGGAGGCACUCCGUGCCCGCAUCUCCCUCUUCAAGGAGCAGGCCGACUCCUUGACCCUGGAAGGUGUCAGGAGAACACUGGAGAAGGACAUGGAUUUGGAGUUACAUUCACUUGAUGCUCAUAAAAAGUUCAUUAAGCAAUUGGUAGAAAAGGUGUUUUCUGAUUCUGAUGACGAGGAUGCUAAUAAUGGAUCAGAGAAGGCUGAAGCUAAAGAUCAUAUUAACUCAUCUAAAGAAGUACCAGAAGAUGCCCAACCGAUGUCUGGUUCAAACAAAAUUUCCUCCGGUGCUGAUGAGCAGGGGGCAAGAUCCAGUAAAACAGAGGAAGAUCCAGAGGGAACAAAAAAUCAAACUUAUGGUAGUGAUAUAAGUGAAGCGGAGAUAAAGAAAGCUAUUAGCAAAAGGGCUUCUUAUUUUAGAGAGAACUCAGGAACUCUUACAUUACAAGGAGCUCGACGGACUUUAGAAGAAGACCUCAAGCUUGAGAAGAAAGCUUUGGAUGCGUACAAGGUUUUUAUUUCCACAGAAUUAGACAAGGUUUUGCUAGAACCUGCAAAUGGGACAACAGAGCAUAAUAAAAAGGAGUCUAGGAAGGAUGCUGACGGGAAAACAAGUAAAGGCUCGAAAAGAGCUCGUCAAGACUCAGAUACCUCUGUAAUAAGUGAUAGCCAUAGGGAGAGGGAAGACAGUGACGAGGAUACAAGGCCAAAAAAGAGAGGGUCCGAAAAGGGUAAAGCUAUAAAACGGCAGAAGAAAGUUACAGUGGAGAAGAAAAUGUCAACUUCCAAGGUUAAAAAGGUUGCAAAACGGGACUUGGAUAAAAGUAGUAAAAAGCAAGGUGGAGAUGCAGAAGAAGAUAGUUCCCAUUCAUCUGCUGAGGAGGAUAGCAAGAAAAAACAACAGCCAGCAACAGUGUAUGGCAGACGAGUAGAGCGUCUAAAGUGUGUAAUCAAAUCUUGUGGAAUGAGUAUCCCACCUUCUACGUAUCGGAGGGCAAAGCAGGCACCUGAGAGCAAUCGUGAGGCCUGUUUGAUAAAGGAGUUGGAGGAUAUACUUGAAAAGGAAGGAUUAUCUUCCAAUCCUUCUGAGAAAGAAAUUAAAGCAGUUAAAAAAAGAAAGGAAAGAGCAAAGGAUCUUGAGGGCAUAGACAUGAGCAAUAUUAUUACGAGUUCUCGUCGGAGAAGUGCUUCAAGUUUUAUACCUCUGCCAAUGCCUAGAUUUGAGGCUGAUAGUGACGAUGAUGAUGAAGACCUUGCAGAAGAUGAUGAUAAUGUAGUGGGUGGAGAUAAAGGUGAUAAUGGUGACUCAGAAGCUGGUGAUGGAUCUACUGAUGAUGCUGGAGACAAGAGCGAUUGACUGUGGCGGCCUACUAGGGGACGCAGAUCAGCUUUGGCUGGUUGGCUGUGGGCGUGGAUGAACCCAGUUGUUCAGAAGUUAACUCCCUGACGUCUAUUUAUUCUGUCAUUAUAUGUGCGUGACAAUAAUAGAAUUAUUAUUUAUUAGCUGAACAUAUCUCUUAGAUUAAGAGAUUAGGGCAGUCUAUUGCUGUACUUUCUUAACCUUAUGUGUAAUAUAACGUGUGUUAUCAUCUUGUUCUAAAUUGUGUAUCGUGCUAGUUUAAAAGAAGCUUCAACAUUUCAGAACCA